GAACCAUUUCCCUCUUCUCCUCCUUCCUCCUCAAUACAAUCCUCUAUAAAUCCCCCACACCGACGUCUUCUUCUCAACCCAAUUCAUGGCCUCCUAUUCUUCUUCUUCUUCUUCUUUGAAUCCUUCUUCUUCUUUUAUGAACAUGGACAACUUCAACUCAGACAGAAGCAAUUCAUUCACAUGGGGACUUUCUGACCAAUUAACUGAUGAUAAAUUUGGCAUUGAAUUUCCAAAGUUCAGGUCUUUUGCUCCCUCCUCACUACCCAUCUCCCCAUCCCCUGUUUCACCUUCUUCUUAUCUUGUUACAACCCCUCCUGCUUUCAGCCCUUCUAUUUUCCUCGACUCCCCUGCGUUUUUCUCUACUUCAAAUGUACUUCCUUCUCCAACUACUGGGGCUAUUGCUGCUCAAAAUAAUCUACAAGACACCAAGAGGGAACAGAGUAAUUACAUUGAUUUCUCCUUUCAGCCUCAUCCCAGGCCUUCUGAAACUUCAGUAUCAUCCACCUUUCAAUCUUCUUCAAACAUUGUUUCUGUGGAACAACCAACAUGGAAUUUGAGUAAAUCCAUGAAGCAACCUGAUUUUGUACCACAAAAGACAGAAAAAUCAGAGUUCGGACAAAUUCAAAGCUUCUCCACAGAGAUGGCUCCACUGCAAUCAAAUAUUCAGGGUGAAAGAGGCUCUCAAUCUGCUUACCCCCAAUACAAUCAACCUUCUCAGUAUAUGAGGGAGAAUAGAAAAGUAGAUGAUGGAUACAACUGGAGAAAGUAUGGACAGAAACAGGUGAAAGGAAGUGAAAAUCCGCGGAGUUAUUACAAGUGUACUUAUCCAAAUUGCCCUACAAAGAAGAAGGUGGAGAGAUCUUUGGAUGGAGAGAUAACAGAAAUAGUUUAUAAAGGCAAUCACAACCAUCCCAAGCCUCAGUCUACAAGAAGAUCUUCCUCUCAUUCUCUGGCCACCAACUCGGAGAUGUCAGAUCAGUCAGUUGGUACAUUAGGCAAUGAUACAACUGACUCCUUCAUAAUGCAAGAUGAAACUUCAGGUUCAACAGGAGAUGAUGUUUUCGAGCAAGGAUCACCACUGAGUAAUCCAGAUGGAGAGAAUGAAAACGAAACUGAUGCCAAAAGAUGGAAGGGUGACAAUGAAAAUGAAGGAAUCAUAGGUUCUGGAAGCAGAACAGUUAGGGAGCCUAGAAUCGUGGUUCAAACAACAAGUGACAUUGAUAUACUUGAUGAUGGGUACAGAUGGAGGAAAUAUGGGCAGAAAGUAGUCAAGGGAAAUCCCAAUCCAAGGAGCUACUACAAAUGUACCACGGUUGGCUGUCCAGUGAGGAAGCAUGUUGAGCGAGCAUCCCAUGACCUGAGAGCUGUGAUCACCACAUACGAAGGGAAACACAACCACGAUGUUCCUGCAGCUCGUGGCAGCGGAUACUCUAUGAGUAGACCUUCCUCCAGUACUAGCAGCAGUACCAGUAUGCCAAUCCCUAUAAGGCCCUCUGCUGUUGCCACUCAGCCUACCAGCACAAGUUUCCCAAACUCUUUUAGGCCGAGCCUACCAGCGCCAGGAAGUCAAGCUCAAGCAUUGACUACCCUGGAAAUGCUGCAGGGCCCAAGUGAGCUCGGAUACUCGGGAUAUGGGAAGCCAUUUGGCUCAUUCAUGAACCAAGCACAAUUCUCAGAUUUAACAUUCCCCAGAGCGAAAGAAGAGUCUAAGGACGAAUCAUUUCUCGACUCAUUUCUUUCCUAAAAAACAACUAACUUCAAGAAUACAUACUAGUUUGUUCUGUAGGUCUUGCCACUGAGAUACAGUCAGCGUUAGUGAAAUUUGUUCAUUUGUUUUGAGGCCUUGUCUAAAGUCAGACACACUAAGCCUCACAAGAUAAUGUACUUUACUUCAUCCUUCCAAGAUAACAUAUCAUGUAAGUUUCUUUUUCUUAUAAAUAUGACAACUUUAC